AUGAUGACGAUGGCCUCGAGCAUCCAAAAAAUUAACCGGACGACGCUCAUCAAGCUCUUCAUCAGUCUCAUCUUCAUCAGCUCCUGCGUCCAUGCUCACCAGAAUCAACAGGUCAUCCUCGAUUUUGAUGGAGAAGACCCACAACCAACCACGGCUACGGCACCCACGAUUGAUACCCCACAAGCCGUCCCGACAGGACUUCCCGCGCAAUUGAUCAAAAAAGUCACCGGGUGGAACGACACAGUCAUCGCCAAAAUUCUCGGCCAGAUCUCUCCUCGCCCCCCUCAUCCCUUCGUGGUACCGAUUACCGACGAGAACUACCAGGAGGUGAUCGAAUCAGAGAUCGAUCUCAUCCGUCCCGGCUGGGGCAGCGAUCAGGAUACCGUAUGGGUCAUCUCCGUCGUUGCAACCGACAGACCUUCGACCCUGUUUGACGAGGAGUUCGGUAAACUCGCGUCGAACUCGUCCCUAGCCACUAAGCCGAUCCCUCCCAAGACGCGAGAUGACGAGCCCACCGUGGUCCAAAAAGAUCCCUCGGACGAUUACAUUUUCAAGCCCCAGAUCAAAUUCGCCCGGAUCGAUUACAUGGCCAACACGGAUUUCACGCUGACAAAAUGGUUGAUAUUCAAGUGCCCCGUUUUGGUGGUUGUCACCAAAAGAGGAAAGGAAGUCAGGUUCUUCAAGACUGGCGCGAGCCCUCCUCCAGCUGAACAUCUAGGCGACUUUCUACGAGAAGAGAGAUAUCUACUCAAGCCGGUCUGGAAUUCGACGUUUUCGGAGGGCAAUUCGGGGGAAUGGGUGGUGGUUGGGUUGGGAAGGGCUUUCCAAGGCUUCCACAUGUUGACCGAUAAAGUGCCCGGCUGGCUACUGAUGAUCGUCACGAGCAUGCUCGGAACUAGUCUCAUGCAAUGGCUCCACAAAUCCACUCCCAAGAAUACCACCAACCCUCGGUCUAUUAACCCCCCUUCCACUAAAACCUCACAAAAUCCUAAGCCCGACACGCUUGCCUCUCAAAACCUCAAAAAAGAACUCGCAGACGCCGCCGUCCAACUCGCUCAAAUCACCGACCAAAAGGGUAGCUCGUCCGCAAAGACUCAAUCUACCACCCCUCGACGGAGAAAAUAA